AAAUAUUUCGCCUAAUAAAAAUGUCUAACACUCAUAUCUUGGCGUGCAGAGCUUUUGCGAUUCCACCCAUUCCAACACACGUCCGAGUGCAAGCAAAAAUAUUCGCCAAGCGCUUUAUGCAAAAAGCGAAGCAAAGCCAAGAGAAUUUGAAUAAGAAAAUUGCAUUCUCAAUAGCAGUUGCAGGCGGUCAGUCGGCCAGCGUAGUUAAGGCUGGGAAAUAUACGCUUUCGAAUUGUUGCAAUUACUUUACUCCGAAGUCUCUAGGCAAACAUGUCUAUUGCGGUCUUCUGUACGCUGCUAGCCGCAGCCGUCGCCACGCUGUACUUGAAGUUGCGUCACCAUUACAGCUAUUGGGCGCGUCGCGACGUACCACACGAAGCGCCAAAAUUCUUCGUCGGAAAUAUGAGCGGCGUCGGCACACUCUACCAUUGGAAAGAUAUAAACGAGCGCUUAUACAAACGUUUCAAGGGUCAGUCGAGUAUAAUUGGCGUCUACACUUUCCUCCAGCGUGCCGCCUACAUCAUCGACCCCGAUCUUAUCAAGGCCAUUUUAGUAAAGGAUUUCAAUUGCUUUACCGACCGUGGACUCUUUCACAAUGUACGCGAUGAUCCGCUUACCGGCAAUCUGCUGUUUUUGGAUGGCGAGCAGUGGCGCGUACUGCGUCACAAGCUGUCGCCCGCCUUCACCACCGGCAAGAUACGUUUCAUGUUCCCCACUCUUGUAACGGUGGGUGAGCGACUUAUUGGCGCUUGUCAACGCAUAAUGAAUAUAGGGGAGAGCGUGGAAUUGAAGGAGCUCUGCGCACGCUACACCACCGAUGUGAUCGGUGAGGUGGCUUUUGGCAUUGAAUGCAAUAGCUUGAAGGAUCCGAAUGCGAUAUUUCGGCGCAUGGGACGCGAUAUUGUCGAAAAGCCGCGUCAUUCGCUAUUCGUGCAGGCAUUCAUGUUCACAGAUCCAAAACUAGCGCGUCAAUUGCGUUUGAAAAACUUUCCCGAUGAUGUAGCCGAAUUUUUUAUGGGCGUGGUGCGCGAAACAACAACGUUUAGAGAAACGCAUGGCGUGAGUCGCAAUGAUUUUAUGGAUAUGAUGUUGGAGUUGAAAGCGCAGCGUGACCGCUUGGGAAAUGCGAAUAUCAGAGAGGAUGAUCUGACGAACGGUUUAAAUAUCGAGCAAGUGGCCGCACAAGCGAUGGUAUUCUACUUGGCGGGCUUUGAAACCUCAUCCACCGUUAUGUCAUUCUGCAUUUACGAAUUGGCGCUACAACCCGAUUUGCAAGAGAAAUUGCGCGCAGAAAUUUUCGCGGUUUUGGAAAAAACCAAUGGGCAGGUGACCUAUGAGGCGAUCAAGGAAAUGGUUUAUCUGAAAAAAGUGAUAGCAGAAACGCUCCGCAAGCACCCCGUCAUACCCCAUCUGGUACGCCUCACCACCGAAGAGUAUUGCAUACCCAAUACCGAUAUCGUGCUGGAACGUGGCAUGCGCAUCUUCAUACCCAUAGACGCGAUACAUCAUGAUCCAGAAAUCUUCCCCGAACCAGAGAAAUUCGAUCCCGAACGCUUCACUCCAGAGGCUAUUGAAAAGCGGCAUCCGUUUGCCUAUUUACCCUUCGGCGAAGGUCCAAGAAAUUGCAUCGGCAUGCGUUUUGGUGAAUUGCAAACCUCCAUUGGGGUCAUACAAUUGCUGCGCAAUUUCAGAUUCAAACCAUCUGCGCGUACCAAAGUGCCAAUGGUGUAUGCGAAGAAGAGUUUCCUAAUCGCCGCCGAGGGUGGCAUACAUCUGGCAGUGGAGAAGUUGGAGUCGUACUGGCGGCGACGUGGCGUACCGCACGAUGAGCCCAGCUUCCCGAUGGGAUCACUGAAGGAAUGGCGUCAUACAAAAUCCUUUUCUGACAUAUUCGCGCCCAUCUAUGAAAAAUUCAAGGGCACCGGACCCUUUUGUGGCAUUUACUUCCUCGUACAGCCAGCAGUUUUCGUGCUAGACCUAGAGCUAAUCAAGAAGAUACUCAUCAAGGACUUUCACAAUUUUCAAGAACGCGGUGUAUUUCACAAUGAAGUUGAGGAUCCACUGACGGGCAAUCUCUUCCAGUUGGACGGUCCCAAAUGGAAUGUACUGCGUAAAAAAUUGUCACCUACUUUCACUUCCGGUAAAAUGAAGUUUAUGUUUCCCACCGUCGUCGACGUCGCCAAUGAGUUUAUCAAAGUUAUGGCUGAAAAAUCAAAAGCUGCACCCUCGAAUGUAUUGGAGAUCACUGAUCUGCAAGCACGCUAUACCGCGGAUGUUAUUGGCUCCUGUGCUUUCGGUAUCGAGUGCAAUAGUCUGCGUAAUCCCAAUGCAGAUUUCGUGGUAAUGGGCCGUAAGGCAUUGGUCGAGCGUAGGCAUAGCAAACUGGUCGACUCAUUCAUGGAAAGCUUUCCAAGUUUGGCGCGGAAAUUAAAUUUGUGUUCGUUGCCAAAAGAAGUGCAUGACUUUUACUUGGGUAUAGUGCGUGAAACGGUAGAAUAUCGGGAGAAGAAUCGAAUAAAACGCAAUGAUUUCAUGAAUAUGCUGUUGGAAAUGAAGAAAAAGGAAGGUGAAGAGGACGGGCUGACGGUGGAGGAAAUUGCCGCGCAGGCAUUCAUAUUUCUGCUAGCUGGAUUUGAAACUUCUUCUACUACUAUGGGCUUUGCAUUGUAUGAGUUGGCAAGAAGUCAAGAUAUCCAGGAUAGGUUGCGGAAGGAGAUCGUUGAGGUGCUGGCACAACACAACAACGAAUGUACUUACGAGGCCAUAAAUGAGAUGAAGUAUCUGGAACAAGUUUUCUCAGAAACCCUACGCAAAUAUCCAGUACUGCCGGUGGUGGAGCGCGUCUCCAAGGCAGACUAUGACACGGGCGAUCCGCGUUAUCUCAUAGAAAGAAAUACGCACAUUAUUAUACUCACCUAUGGCAUACACCAUGAUCCCGAGUAUUACCCCGAUCCCGAAAAAUUUGAUCCCGAAAGAUUUACUGAAGAAGAAAUCAGGAAACGACCCUCAUGCGCUUGGCUGCCGUUCGGCGAUGGACCACGAAAUUGUAUCGGCUUACGUUUUGGUAAAAUGCAAGCAUUAAUUGGUAUUGCGUUAUUAUUGAAAAAUUUCAAAUUUUCAUUUCCUGCCCAAACUCCAUAUAAAUUGGCUUACAACAAAAAUAAUGUGCUUUUAUCGGCCGAGCACGGCAUACAUUUGAAAGUUGAAGAGGUAGCCGAAAAUUAGAAGAGAGGAGAAAUGGAAAAUACACUGGAAAGCUAAUUUGGUGCAAAACAGUGAUGCUUAGGAAUGCGAACAAGAAUAAAAUGUAAAUAUAGCAAUUUUGAAAAAAGGCAAGAAAAAAAAUCUUAUCCGGAAAUGCUAAAAUUUUUUUUAAUGUAUUUUAUUCACCAAACUAAGAAAAUUAAUAAAACAAAAAAAAAACUAUUAAA